CUCACCACCUUCAUCAUCAGCACAGCGACACAUCGAACAAGCAUUUGGUAUCACUGCUAUCAUUAGACAGUCCCUGUAGACCAUGUCUGGCCCACCAAAGGAAGAGAUCGCAGAGAUCUUCAAGCAUCUCAGGACCGUACAGAAGGGCAACAAGGUAUGCUUCGACUGUGGCGCAAAGAACCCUACUUGGGCCAGCGCAACCUACGGAAUAUACAUCUGCCUGGACUGCUCUUCCGUCCAUCGUAACCUCGGCGUCCACAUCACCUUUGUGAGAUCCACCAACCUCGACACCUGGACAUGGGCACAGCUGCGAAUGAUGAAGGUCUCUGGGAAUGCCAACACCAGCGACUUCUUCUCCAAGCACGGCGGCAACCACCUCUUGGCCCCUUCUACCGAAGGCAAAGUCAAGUACACCAGCCAGGCAGCAGUAGCAUACAAGGAGGAGCUCAAGAAGCGCCUCGUUGCAGAUGCUAGUCCUGGCCAAAUCAGCGACCCAGUCAUCUUCCCCGGCAUGGCCUCGGCGUUUGCAGCUGACACGGCCGCUGAAUCUGCAGGCACUGCUGCCGAUGAGGAGGACUUCUUUGACGAGUGGGACGAGCCUGCGCAAAAGGCCAAGAAGGCCACGGCCGUCGUUGCCAAGUUGCCUGCGCCAUCAGCAGGCGUAUCGUUGCCUCCUGGCAUUGGUAGAGGCAGGCCUGCUCCUGCUCCUGCUCCAGCGGGCAAGGUGGUAGAUGCCCCUGGCUCUGCCGUCCUAGGUGCUCGUCCCGCUGCCUCGCCUUCGCCCAAGCCCGUCUCAUCUUCAUCACUCAGGCCAGCUUCCCGAACCUCUACCCUGGGAGCAGUGAGAUCCGGUACUUCCACACCCACCGGCGCUGCCCCAGGCGGUUCUUCUGCAGCAGGCGGAGCAUCGAAGCUGGGAGGUGUCAAGAAGGGAGGUCUCGGAGCCAAGAAGGGUGGACCUGUCAUUGACUUUGAGGCCGCCGAGCGGAAAGCCAGGGAAGAGGAGGCAGCCAAGCUCACCGCCUCUCUCGAGUCAGAGGCACGGAAGCAGGCAGACAGGCAGGCUGAGAGCAUUGCAAAGCAGGCCAUUGUUGCUGCUACGCAAGCGCAGGCUGCUGCUACUGGCUCGGCGUCCACAUCUCAGACCACCGCUGCCUCUGCUGCGUCUCCUCCGCGUAGCAAAGGACCCACGCGGACAAGUGGAGAGAUCGACAGACUGGGAAUGGGCUUUGGAAAGAUUUCCGUUCGUCAAGGGCAGGUUCAAGACAAGCUUGACAGGGAGAGGCUCGCCAAGGUGGCAGCUCGAACAGCGGCAGAAGCCGAUGAGCCCAAUUAUGCACGAGCGAAGUUCGCAGCUCAGAAGUCCAUUUCUUCCGAUCAAUACUUUGAGCGGGGUGGGUACGAUGCAAAUGUCUCUGCUGAGGCCAAGGCACGUCUGGCUGGCCUGUCGGGAGCGACGAGCAUCUCGAGCAAUCAGUACUUUGGUCGAGAGGAAGAGGAGGCAGACGACGAGGAUGGUCAAGGGGGCCAAAUGGCUGGCAAGGAAGACUGGGCGGGAGACUUGGAGCAGACGGCCAAGGAGUACUACUCGAAGUUCAUGGCAAAUCCAGAUGUGCAGAGCGGCAUCGAGAGCUUCCGAGCAGGCGCUAUGAAGUUGUCGCAAUACCUGGAAGACAUGUCUCGCAACGGCGGAUAGUGUGUCUAAGCUGCGACUGUCGCAAUUGAGGCUGAUAAGCCACGUGUGUCCGUUCUACUGUCUCUAGCGCUUCCCAUUCAUACAUACACACCAUUGUCCUAUAGAUCUUCGCUGCCUAUCGGUUGCUGGAGUGCGUGGCUUCCCCCGCGAAUGAGGAGACUUUCGGAAGGAGCGGUGCUUGAAGAUCGACCGGCGGGGAAGUGGGAAGGUGUCACAUGGCUCGCCAGCCGAGUUGGCGAGUGGCCUACCUAGGUACCUGUGUCUUGUCCGUCAUGGAUUUCUGAG